AUGGAAGAUGUCUGCGUCAUUGGCGCAGGAAGCACAAAGUACGGCAAGCUGGAAGACAGCCUCGCCGACAUUACAGUCCAGUCGUCUGCCAGCGCAAUAGAGAGCGCCGGCAUCGAGCCCAAGGAGAUCAAGGCAGGGUACAUCUCCAAUGUUUUUGGCGUGGCCGACAAGCAGGUCCACCUGGGGCCCGUAGUGAUGAGCAAUCUGGGCAUCCCCGAGAGGCCUUCCCUGUCCAUCGAGUCUGCAUGCGGCAGCGGCUCGGUCUCGUUCAGGGAGGCAUUUGCGAAUGUGGCAGCCGGGUUUUAUGAUGCGGUUCUGGUUACCGGUGUUGAAAAGGUGACCCACACCGGAACAGAGUGGACCACGACCUACUUUUCAUACUGCUCGGACUUCUUUUACGAGGGCCAGGCCGGAGCAUCUUUUCCUGGACUGUUUGCGUCAAUGGCCAGGGCAUACCUUGCAGAGUUCGGGGCAACCGAGGAGGACUUUGCCAUGGUCGCAGUAAAGAAUCACGACAACGGACUGUUAAACCCAAAGGCCCACCUGCGGAAGAAGAUAACCGUGGACGAUGUGAUGAGAUCGCCCGUGGUGGCAAGCCCCCUCAAGCUUUACGACUGCUGCCCGUUCUCCGACGGCGCCAGCUCCGUCAUACUCUGCAGCAAAAAGUUUGCCCAGGAGCACGGGGGCGACUACAUCAAGGUGACGGGCUCUGGCCGCGGAGGCUCGCCUGCCGCACUGCAGGGCCGUGAGCGCAUAACCACGAUACCCAGCACAAAGAUUGCCGCCGAUGCGGCCUACAGGAUGGCGGGAAUCACCCCCAGGGACAUAGAUUUUGCAGAGGUUCAUGACUGCUUCACCAUCGCCGAGGUGGUUGACAGCGAGGAUCUGGGGUUCUUUGAAAAGGGCCAGGGAUACCGUGCGGCACGGGAGAACCGGACCGCCCGGGACGGCGACAUUCCGAUUAACCCGUCCGGCGGCCUCAAGUCAAAGGGCCACCCCAUCGGCGCCACCGGCGUGGGCCAGGUGGUGGAGGUGUAUGAGCAGCUGACCGGCAAGGCGGGCCAGCGGAACUUGAAGAACGUAAGCACCGGUCUGACGCACAACUUUGGCGCCACCGGGGCAAGCUGCGCGGUUCACAUAUUUGAGAGCGUGUGA